GGUCUCUCUUCUUACUCUUUGCUAAAUCUAGGAUGAUGGAGAAUUAGAUAUGGGUGUGACCGUGUGACUUGUUUAGUUGUCUUAAGGAUUCUCAUUUCUCAGGGGCAUUUAUCGUAAUUACUCUACAAAACGAGGGGUACAAUCUCAACCAGCAUUCAACAGUUUAUACAAAAACCCGUUUCCUCCGAGUUCCACUUUCUUCCACGACCACCACCGUGUUUCGCAACCUCCGCCUCGUAACUGUAACACUGAAAACUCUUGCUCCGCCGCAUCGUGUUCCGGCGACGGAUCCAUUUCGCAUAACACAAGAACCCUAAAAAACUCGUGAGAAUUGUUCUGUUUUUCACAUUCGGAUUCAGCUAAGCAGAUCCGAACUGAGAACCAUUUCAAGAUCGUGCGGUGCGGUGAAGAAUGGCAUCGGCUGCGACUGGAGCUACAGGAUGGUACAGGGGAAGGGUGAAGGCGGUUCCUUCAGGGGAUUGCUUGGUCAUUGUGGCCGUUGCUAGCUCCAAGCCUGGUCCUCUGCCUGAAAAAUCAAUCACUCUGGCUUCUCUUAUUACUCCUAGACUGGCGCGGAGAGGCGGUGUGGAUGAACCAUUUGCAUGGGAAAGCAGAGAGUAUCUGAGGAAGCUCUGCAUAGGGAAGGAGGUGACUUUUAGAGUUGAUUACAAUGUGGCGUCCAUCAAUCGAGACUUUGGAACCGUUUUUCUUGGUGAGAAGAAUGUUGGGGUGUUGGUUGUUUCUCAAGGAUGGGCAAAGGUCAGAGAACAGGGCCAGCAGAAAGGAGAAGUGAGUCCCUACCUGGCAGAAUUGUUACGGCUUGAAGAGCAAGCUAAACAGGAAGGCCUUGGUCGUUGGAGCAAGGUUCCUGGUGCUGCUGAGGCAUCCAUCAGAAAUCUACCACCUUCUGCCAUUGGUGAUGCUAGUAACUUUGAUGCUAUGGGUUUAUUGGCUGCAAACAAGGGAUCUCCGAUGGAGGCAAUUGUUGAGCAGGUUCGUGAUGGCAGUACUCUCCGAGUCUACUUGCUCCCGGAGUUUCAGUUUGUCCAAGUUUUUGUUGCUGGAAUUCAGUCCCCACAAAUGGGAAGAAGAGCUGCACCCGAAACUGUAGUUGAAACAGAGUUAACAGCUGAUGAAAAUGAUGGAGAUGUUCCUGGGGAACCUCGACCCCCGCUUACAUCUGCUCAAAGACUUGCGGUUUCAUCUUCUACUGAAACUGCAGCUGAUCCUUUCGGACCUGAUGCAAAAUUUUUCACUGAGAUGCGUGUAUUGAAUCGAGAUGUUCGGAUUGUUCUAGAAGGCGUGGAUAAGUUCAGCAAUUUGAUCGGGUCGGUGUAUUAUCCUGAUGGCGAAUCAGCCAAAGACCUGGCACUGGAACUUGUGGAAAACGGUUAUGCUAAAUAUGUUGAAUGGAGUGCAAAUAUGAUGGAAGAAGAGGCAAAGCGGAGGCUGAAGACUGCAGAGCUCGAGGCUAAGAAAAGCAGGCUAAGAAUGUGGACAAACUAUGUACCACCAGCUUCAAAUUCAAAGGCAAUUCAUAACCAGAAUUUUACUGGAAAGGUGGUUGAGGUUGUGAGUGGAGAUUGCAUCAUUGUCGCUGAUGAUUCCAUUCCGUAUGGCAGCCCACUAGCUGAGAGGCGAGUUAACCUUUCAAGUAUUAGGUGUCCGAAAGUAGGCAAUCCUCGUCGAGAUGAAAAACCAGCUCCCUAUGCCCGUGAAGCAAAGGAGUUCCUAAGAACACGCCUCCUUGGUCGUCAAGUGAAUGUAGAAAUGGAAUAUUCUAGAAAGAUUGUUCCUACAGAUGGAUCUGCAGUUCCUUCACCAGCUGCUGAUUCCAGAGUAAUGGAUUUUGGGUCAGUCUUCUUAUUGUCUGCUACGAAAGCUGACAGUGAUGAUACCCCUUCAUCUAUUCCUUCAGCUGGAAGUCAGCCAACUGGUGUCAAUGUUGGUGAAUUGGUUGUUGGCCGUGGCUUUGGAACUGUCAUUAGACAUCGUGACUUUGAAGAGAGAUCUAACUACUAUGAUGCCCUUCUUACUGCUGAAUCGCGUGCCCUUUCUGGAAGGAAAGGGAUCCAUUCUGCCAAGGAUCCUCCAGUGAUGCAUAUAACUGACUUGACCACCACAUCAGCGAAGAAAGCCAAAGACUUCUUGCCUUUCCUACAUCGAAGUAGAAGGAUUCCUGCUGUUGUGGAAUAUGUCCUCAGUGGCCAUCGUUUCAAGUUGUUAAUUCCAAAAGAAACUUGCAGCAUUGCUUUCGCACUCUCUGGUGUCAGGUGUCCUGGUCGUGGUGAGCCUUAUUCUGAAGAAGCAAUUGCACUGAUGAGGCGAAAGAUAAUGCAGAGAGAUGUAGAGAUUGAGGUGGAAACUGUUGAUAGAAAUGGAACGUUCUUGGGAUCGUUAUGGGAGUCAAGAACAAAUGUGGCACUCACACUUCUUGAAGCUGGUCUUGCAAAACUUCAGACUUCCUUUGGCAGCGACAGAAUUCCUGAAUUUCAUCUUUUGGAUCGAGCUGAACAAUCUGCUAAAAAGCAAAAACUGAAAAUCUGGGAGAACUUCGUUGAAGGAGAGGAAGUAUCAAAUGGCGCAAAUGUUGAAAGCAAACAGCAAGAAGUACUUAAGGUAAUUGUUACAGAAGUCUUGGGUGGUGGUAAAUUCUAUGUCCAGACAGUUGGUGAUCAAAAGAUAGCAUCCAUUCAGCAACAGCUUGCUGCUUUGAACCUGAAAGAAGCUCCUGUGCUUGGUGCAUUUAGUCCUAAGAAGGGUGACAUAGUCCUUUGUUAUUUUCAUGCUGAUAAGUCCUGGUACCGGGCAAUGGUUGUCAAUACACCUCGAGGACCAGUUGAAUCUCCUAAGGACAUAUUUGAAGUAUUCUACAUUGACUAUGGAAAUCAAGAACAAGUAGCUUACAGUCAGCUACGGCCUCUUGAUCAGUCCGUGUCUGCCGCACCCGGUCUUGCUCAAUUGUGCAGUCUUGCAUACAUUAAGAGUCCAAGCUUGGAAGAGGAUUUCGGCCAAGAAGCAGCUGAAUAUUUGAGUGAACUCACUUUAAGCAGUGGAAAAGAGUUCAGAGCCCAGGUUGAGGAGCGAGAUACUUCCGGAGGAAAAGUGAAAGGGCAGGGAACUGGGACAAUUCUUGCAGUAACUCUUGUUGCCGUGGAUGCUGAGAUCAGCGUUAACGCUGCCAUGCUACAGGAAGGACUUGCCAGGAUGGAAAAAAGGAACCGGUGGGACAGAAAAGAAAGAAAGGUGGGUCUUGAUAGUCUGCAAAAAUUCCAGGACGAUGCACGCAAGGAACGGCGUGGAAUGUGGCAGUAUGGAGAUGUCGAGUCAGAUGAUGAGGACACUGCUCCUCCGGCGAGAAAAGCCGGUGCUGGCCGCAGAUGAGUGUAACAGACAGGAAGUAAAUUAUAUGUUAUAGACAUCAUGAGGGAAGGUUUAAAUUAUAGGCAUGAGUUAGAGAGAAAAAGAAGGAAAUGCCGUGCUUAUUCCUUUGUAAGUUUUGUUUGAUUUAAUCUUUGUUUUAAAAAUUUUGUGUUAGGUUGAUGGGACAAUUGUUUUCUCUAGAUGUCACAAUAAGGUGCUUGCGGCAGGGUUAAGAACCCUCCUCAACUCAUGUCAUCAACUCUUACUACUUGAGGUGUCAUUCGGGACUAAGUAAUAAUUUAUGUUAUUGUAAUUUUAUAUUCUUUA